AAGCCACCAAAAUAAUUUAACUUUGUAACGACAAUUAUUAUUAAUAUAGUUAUUAACCCUAAUCCUAACCAUAGACUGUAUCCUAACCCUUUAAAUACUUUUAUUUUGAAAGUAUUCUGAAAUUGUUGUAUAGUCAUGCGACUUCCUGUUUAGUUUCACCUCGGGGGCCUCGUUUGAACCAAGGUUUCCAAAGGGCUUGAUAAAAUAUCAAAAUGUCCUCAAAACCCACUUGCUUAAUAGUAGCAAGUGCUGCAGCCCAAGGUGUGUCAGCCCGUUCAUUCCUUCAGUCAUUCAGUCUUUGCAGCCCAGUUUUCAACAUACAGACGGCUACACCGGGGGGGAAGCCCAUUGACUUUGUUGGGGUAGAUGAAAGCACAGCUAGAUGGGUGCAAGACUUCAGUGCAAAGUCAUACGCAACGCCAGCUAAACUAGAGUCAAUAGAUGGUGCCCGUUACCAAGCACUGCUGAUCCCAGACUGCCCUGGGGCACUUAAUGACCUGGCCCAUAGUGGCUCCAUGGCAAGGAUCCUCACACACUUCACCUCUCAACAAAAGCCUGUGUGUGCAGUUGGACAGGGGGUAUCUUCUCUUUGCUGCGCCACAGAGGGUCAGAAGUGGAUCUUCAGCGACUACAGUCUCACUGGGCCCUCUGUGUUUGAGCUAGUGCGUAGUCCAGACUUUGCUAACCUGCCACUUAUAGUGGAGGACUUUGUCAAAGACAGUGGUGGAUCAUACACAGCGAGUAAAGAAGAUGCCAUACAUGUAGUUAUAGAUCGACACCUGGUAACUGGUCAGAAUAUUCAGUCAACAUCACUUGCUGUAAAUAAUCUUAUUCUGAUCUGUAAUUGCAAGUGAAUUUAGUAGCAAUAUGUAAGGCCAGUUUUAACAGCUAAAAAGAAAGCAACGCCAUCGUUACAAUCCAGUCAUGUGACAGACAAACAUCCAGGAAGCUCCUAGGCAGGGUAUAUAUUAAGACAGACAUCAUUGUUAAUGGUUGCAAGCAACCCAUGGAGCAGAUUUGGUCACCUUUCACAACCUUUAAAUAGUUAAUUAAAACAUUCAGCACUAAGAAAACAAUGAUUAUAAUUGCAAUUUCUCAUAUGUUUUGAGUGAUUCACAAUCAUAUGCAGCAGCUGUAUAUUUUCUAUUUGUCUUGUACAUUUCUUCCACACAUCCGGUCGCAUUUUCCAUGCUGACCCACAUCAGCGGCAGAAGAUAUAGUACGCAUGUCUCUGGUUGCAUUAACUUUCAUGAAAACAAUGUUAAACCAAAUUUUAAA